AUGGUGAAAUCCCAGAGCUUCAUCACUUGCAUACAACUAUUAUUGGUAUGUUCAGUUGCCACCGUCGGCAGUCGUCCAGCCACCCUUAACCGCCGUGGUCUAUCAGAAAUCUGUGACCCACUUUUAGAAGACUGUGGUGAUCAAUGGCCUUUCUCUCCUAUCUCUUCCAGCAACAACCCCUUCAUAUCCAGACCAUUCCUCCGCCGCCAAACUCCGCCAGACCUCCUCCCUACACUGCCACCUGUUGUAGUGGCUUCACCACCACCCACGGUUUCAGAUCCGACAUUCUCACCACUAGUUGCAUCCCCACCACCACCGGGAACCACCAUUAAUCCACCCACAUUCCCUGAGCUGCCACCAGAUUAUGAUGAUGAUGAUGAUACAAAUACAGCUCCACCAGCUAAUGAUGGUGCUAACCUCCCGCCGGAGGUCACUCUACCUCCAAUUGUUCAUAGAAGGAGUCAUCCGGACUUGUACCUGUCACCGCCUCUACUUAACUUGCCAGCACCACCACUUGUGCCUAUAGUUUAUCAGCAACAAGAAAUUGUAAUGCCGCCGCCACCACCACCACCCACCAAUAAAUGA